UCUCUAUUUGUAUGUUUUAGAUAAUGCAUCAUCAUAUUGCUGUUGUGGAGAAGCUACCCCUGACAACGGUUGGGUGCCCCGCUUGCAAUUCGGUGCAAGGAUUUUCGGGUCAUUCACUUCAUUAUUCCGCGAGAAAGGGACUGCCAUGAUAUUUACAACUCCCUCCUCAAGCUCUCAUGCCCAGUAAAGUACGAUGACCUGUAUGCAUUCGCUUUCCAUCCGAAGAAGACUGAAUACGAGAGGGAAAUGGGCUGGAAGGUCAUUAAUUUAACCGAUGAAUAUAGUCGUAUGGGAAUUCCAAACGCUAUCUGGCAACUAACGGACGUAAACCGCAGUUACAAGAUUUGUGAUACAUACCCGACACACCUGUAUGUUCCCAAAAGUGUCAGCAAGCCCAUUAUAGUUGGAAGUUCCAAGUUCAGGAGCAAAGGGCGAUUCCCCACAUUGUCCUAUUUUUACCAGCAAAAGCAGGCUGCCAUAUGUAGGUGCAGUCAGCCGUUGUCUGGCUUCAGUGCUCGGUGUCUAGAGGAUGAACACAUGCUGCAAGCAAUAAGUAAAGCCAAUCCUAACAGUCACUUCAUGUAUGUAAUGGAUACAAGGCCAAAACUAAAUGCAAUGGCAAAUCGAGCUGCGGGCAAAGGAUAUGAAAAUGAAGACAAUUAUUCCAAUAUUAGGUUCCAGUUUGUUGGUAUUGAGAAUAUCCACGUAAUGAGAGGAAGUUUGCAGAAAGUCAGUGAAGUGUGUGGAACCAAAGCUUUAACUUCAAAUGACUUCUUGAGUGGUUUGGAGAGUUCUGGAUGGCUUCGCCACAUCAAAGCUGUUUUGGAUGCUGCUGCACUUCUUGCUAAAGCGGUUGGAUAUGAUGGUGCCAGCGUCUUAGUCCAUUGCUCUGAUGGUUGGGAUCGUACUACACAGGUCUGUUCCUUGGGAUCUUUGCUGCUGGAUCCAUAUUACAGAACAAUAAAAGGAUUUAUGGUUUUGAUAGAAAAAGACUGGAUUUCAUUUGGUCACAAGUUUGCUGACAGAUGUGGCCAACUUGAUGGAGACACCAAAGAAGUAUCACCAGUGUUCACCCAGUUUAUUGAAUGUGUGUGGCACCUCAUAGAGCAGUUCCCUCGGGUUUUUGAGUUCAGUGAAGCGUACUUACUUGAGAUUCACGGACAUGUUAAUUCCUGCCAAUUCGGGAACUUUGUUGGAAAUUGCCAGAAAGAACGAGAAGACAUGAAUAUUAAAAACAAGACACAUUCCUUAUGGUCAUUUCUUUUGGAAAAUCAACAUAAAUAUUUGAACCCACUCUACGAUCCUAAUCUUCCCUGCGUACAUGAGGUGAUCGAACCAAACACAGUUGCCUUCAACUUUAAGUUUUGGCGCAGUAUGUAUCAUCAGUUUGAUAAAACGAUCCAUCCCCGCCAAUCACAACUUGAACUAGUUUUAUCUCUCAGUGAACAGAAUAAACAACUGGAGAUUGAAGCCAAACAGCUGGAGAAAAAAAUAAUAGAACUGGGGGAGAAACCACGUACAGUUAUCAAAAAAGAGUCUUUCCAUUUGGUUAGCCGAUUGUCACAGACGCUAAAGGCCACUGAUAAAAUGUGUAAGGAACGGCAAAGCACACCGGGAACUAACCCAAUUCGAACGGUGGAAGGUAGUAACAUUCCUGAAGAUGGAUGCAAAGACCUCAAACCAAGCUUCUCCAAAGCCGAGCCCACGUUAGUUAAUUUGGAGCUUGGCAUGGCAAAAAUGACUUGCUAAAUCAGAAAGACAUGGUUUUUGCUAGCAGACCUGGAAGAAUGCUUCUGGAAAACAUUUGAACCCAGUGUGCAGUAGUCUGGAAGAUGUUUGGUGUAUCAGCCAUUCAGUUUUGUGGUCAAUUACGCAAUUAUGCACUUCACUCAUGAUUUGACUUUAAAAUGUAAUAUUUCACAAGUGGUUUUGAUAAGUAACAGCUGAAUUAACUAAUUUGGAAAUUCCAGUCUAAAAAACAUGUGCUCUGCUUCAUCUAAUUCAGAUUGAAAUCAGUGAGGUUGCACUGCCAUGGAUUGUAAAUAUUGUGUUGUACAGAGACUCGACAUUCAACUAAAUGUUUUUGUAGAGCGUUUUAUCGGAUAAAAAAUACCUGCUUUGGGUGUCAGGUGGAGCAAUUGAUGUUAAUGGUUCCCUGAAAGUAAGUAAUUGUGAAGCUUUGACAUUGGUGCAGCUUGAGGGGAAAUAAUAAUGAUUGGCUUGGAAUUCCAUGAACAUUUUAUGAUGAUUAUCACUGUAACUAUGCUGUAAUGGUGCAGCUACUGUUCAACUCACAAAGUGUAAAGUCUGCAGUGGGACGACCAGCGUGUUUGGUCCAAUGAAACCGAUGUCCUUCAGAUCACGACCAUUGAACCAGCCUCUGAAAAUGAGCAGAAUUUAUUUUAUCUUGCUAAAAACUUGGUGAUGUCUUGGAAAUGCAGGUUUAAUUUAAAAAGGGAAGUUACCUGCAUGUUGUAUGUGCGAUGAUUUCCUUAACAUUUAUCAAGAAUACUCCAUGUGCUGCGUUCAGGGAAAUGGACAGAGUGUUGGCCACUUGUUUGUUUUUAACUCUGAGUGCAGCGAAGAUGUAUGUGAGGAAUCAGUUGGUAUUUGGUGGCACUUGGGCGCUAAAAUUGGUUCAAUUCAGUUGUUAAUGUCUAUAUAGAUCACAAUUUGAUUACUUAAUUGCAAUGGAGAUUUUUUUAUGAUAACCUUCAGGCAUUAGGUGUUUUUUAAAACUUGCAUUAAUCUAGCUUUGACAAAGUGUCCUCUAAAUAUAUCCCACUUUUGUUUCUUAUAUUUGUCGUCUGGAGUGAAUGUAUUUUAUUUAUUUUGUAAGUGUGAACGUUAACCAAUCUUGACUGAGCGACUAAAACAGUUACUGUUAAUGUUCUCUUCCUCGUAACUAAUGUGGGGCUUACGUGUGUUAUUGGAGAAAUCAUUUUGUCUUUAAAUAGUUCCCUGGGAUCGCAAGAAUCUUGGAAACAAACGGUGUGCACAUCGGUACUGGUAGAUGUAAAUCUAUCUGGAGGAUUGAAAAUAUUUUCUCUGCGCUGAGUCUCAGUAUGCUCCCGAUUAAGUAGAAUCCCAAUGAAUUGUUGCGAAUACUCAAAUGUUCUCAGCUACAGAACUCCGUACAUUUAGAAUCAGUGUGGAAUUAUUUAACUCUUUUCUGAUCCUUCACAUUAGCUUUAUUUAUUUAUUUCCAAUGUGUUGCUUAAUUUUGCUUUUAAAAUAUGGUGCACUUUGGAAAUCCUGCACUUUCUCUUACUUGACACCUAAAUAAUGUAAAAGCCGGUUAGUAGUUCAACAUUCUGAAAUGUACAGACUGUUGCUAGAAAUCAUUCCAAUAUUGAAACCUCUUCAUAUUCCUCAGGGUUUAUGGCUGUUCCUUGCACUAAUAAUAUUGAUCUUGGUCAUGUUUACAGAAGUUGAGCACAAUCUUUAGAAAGUUUUACUGAGGGAACAUGUUUUGAAGAAUUAUUAAAGUUGUUUUUUUUAAUAAAUGUAAUCACUGUGCAAAUACUAAAAAUAUUGACGACCAACUUUUAAGCCUCUUUACUAAUUCGACCGAAAUAUCAGAUUUUCACAACGUGAAGUUCGGCUACAGAGGCUGUGUGCCUCAGGAAAUAUGACCAGAUAUCCAUUACAGAAUAUGGAGAGUGUGUAGGAAAUUCUGUUGUGCUGUUUGUUGUGUUUAUAUGGUAUUUGCACUUUAUCAUAGUGGAAGAUUUAAUUUCACAAUUUGGGAAACUUAUAAUUCUUUGGAUGGUCGACGCUGUAUUAACUUAAUAAUAAUGGGGCACUUGGAUAUAUUCUUAUAGAUCUCACAGGAAAUUCAUAUCCACAGGUACCACUACAAUUUUCUUGCGUUAAUUUUAAAUCGUGUUGAUAGAGCUUGCAGUUUUCCAAUGUGCACACUCUGGAGAUAUGGCUUCAUAUUGGAAGUGAACAUUCCGAAAACUGGCCUUUUUUUACUGCUUUCUAAAGCAUGAAAGUUUACUGUUUUGUUGCUGUGCUAAAAGUGCAAAAAGUGCCAUUAAUGAGUGGAAUUAAAUUGAAUUUAUUUCAAAGAAGGCUUUCCGCUCAUCCAAAUCGGCCUCCUUUCUAUCUGAAAAGAGGGAUAUUCAUGUUGACACUGCCUCACAAUCUUUGAGCAUGUUUUGAUGGAGAUACAUUUGAUUGGCGGAGUUUGGGGGAAAUUGCGCAAAAUACCAACCAUGUCUGAACUAAUCAUGGGAAACUAGCUUGAUGAAGGUUCACGGGUUGUGAGCAGAUCACAGCUAUUUCAUUUAGAUAACAUAUUAGCUAAUUUACAAUUUAUAGAACUUUUAGUACACCAUGGACAGGAAUGGCUGGGAAAAUGCUUGUUUGUACACAAGAAAUAUUUGCAUGUACUCGCAACCUCUCCAGUGCAGUCAUUCAGUCUGCCUUUGGGUCUUGGAUGUAAUCUCUGCGAUUGGGCAAGUUUUCCCACGAUGGGUGCCUUUUAUAUCUUUCACUCCACGCUGAAUUUUAAUGGCCUAUCAUGAGAUUUGGUGCUUUAUUCGGGCAUACUUUGAACAUUAUGGUUGAAGUAUAUGAAUAUUACUUUGCCUCGCGCUUCUCCAAGAUGCAGUCUGGCACUUAAUGUUCUCGAUUUGAAAUUGACAUUUGCCUUAUCUUAACUGUGCUCUGUAAAGAGAGACCUCUUUCUGCACAUGGCGUAACAUUUAAGACAUGGGAAUGUUUCAUUUAAAAAUAAGGUUUGAGCUUUUGGCUGUUGAAGCUGCUUCCACAGAUCUCUUAAAUGACAAUGGUGAUAAUUUAUUUAUUGGGACAUUUCCAGUGUCAUAAUUUAUAAAUGUUACUAAAGCUCAGUUAUUUAUUAAAGUACAGGUACUGUCAUAUUUAUUUGUUUUAAACACUUUGAAAAGUCAAAAUUUGUAAGGGGUUAUGUUGUGCAAAGUAUUACACAAAAUAUGAGGUAAAUAAAGUUAUCAAAAGAUGAUUAAAUAACAUCACAAUUCUGUUUUCAAGAUUUAUAACGGCACAAAAAGUCUUAUGAAAAGAACGGUGAACUUGCAUGGGUGAAGCAGAUCAAAGUUAAAUAAUAUUCUGACAAUAAAAUUACACUAGUCUAAAAACUAAACUUACUAUACAUCUGUAAAGAGUCUUUAUAAUCCAAGUAUUAAUGCUACCUCUUCUAAUUAGGUGUUGUAUAUCUAUUUAUGGUUUGCUCUCUGGACCAGUAAAUAGAAUUGUCUCAUUUGUAGCUCUGGAGAAAUGUUGUACAAUAAUGUGUACGUACAAGACCGUGCAGAAUUCUGCUGUUGUCCCCGUGCAGAAUGUCAUGGGAAUGAGAAAGUGUGGGGUGGGGCGGGAUGGGUGGCUGGUUGGUGAAAAUAGGUGGGACUGGAAGGAGGCCCGAUGAUACUUAAUGAAACUAUACUAGGAAUACUUGAAGCCUUUAAGUUAUUUCUUAACUAAGAGAUAUUAUCUUUGCUCUGUUAGUCCCUGGGAUUAAGCGUUAGUGUAGUCUUGCCGAGAGUUCAUACUGUAAUUGGGAAGGGUAGAGCCUUUUGUAAUUAAUGUAUUAGUUUGUAAUUAAUUUGUAGUUUAAUGUGAGAUGGUCUGAAUUUUUAGUGUGGCUAUAGAAAUUCUCGAAAGAUCUUUAUGUGAUCUGGACACUGUUGCCUUAAACUUUUUUUAAAUAUGCUUUGAAUGUUAUUUUGUGUAAACUUUCUGUAAACUAAGGCUCAAAUAUUUGAGCUACUACAAUAAAUUCUAUCAUUUCCUUA